AUGCACCCAGCCCCCAGGACUCAACACGACCACAGUCCAGAGGGCCGCAACGCGACCGCAAAGCAACCAUCGACACACCCCAAAGCACAAUCCCUCCCCACACAGGAUCCUCGCACAACCACCAAGCAUCCAGUCCGGGCACUGAAAUCCAGAGGAGACACUCCCCAACCAGAUCAACCAACCCACCCCGUCAACCCCUUCUUCCCGGUCCCCCACCCCUCCAACAACCAGUCGCCAGACCCCUCAGGGAACCGAAAUACAAUUAUCAGGAUGCACAGCAUGCACACAGGACAGAGCCGCACACCAGCCCGGUCCAGGCCUGCACCUGAUGCCUCCAACCGCCCCCAUCCCCCCCACGCAGCCAGGGAGACCACAGACCCCCACCCACGGCUACACCGUGACCCACACCGCACGUUCACCACCGGACCGAAACCCACCACAAGCAUCCCCCCCCGCCAACCCCCACUGCCAUGCCCGCCUCCCGCCCCCUCCCCCCAACCCGGACCCACACACAGGACCCACAGAGAGGCAGCCAAGCACCGAGCGCCACCACAUCCGCACAGCGCGCGAGUCAAAAUCACCACCCGCGCACCGAUACCAACAACCGCGCAACACCCAAGCAGAGUGGCUACCCACCCCGCAGCAGCGGCACGCCAAAUACAGGCACCCCCCCCCGCCAACCCCCACUGCCAUGCCCGCCUCCCGCCCCCUCCCCCCAACCCGGACCCACACACAGGACCCACAGAGAGGCAGCCAAGCACCGAGCGCCACCACAUCCGCACAGCGCGCGAGUCAAAAUCACCACCCGCGCACCGAUACCAACAACCGCGCAACACCCAAGCAGAGUGGCUACCCACCCCGCAGCAGCGGCACGCCAAAUACAGGGCAAACACCGCCCCCCGCCAACACCACGCCAUCAACCAACAAUAA